GGUGCACUAAAUUUGUUAGACUCGAGUGGAAAUUUUGUCAUGUGCCCUACGCAUGUGACACACUGAGAAAGGGACAAACUAGGCCAUGUUCAGACCUGGUAUUAACAUCUGGCUUGGGUGCGUUCACACUGACCACUUGUGAUCACCUGAUACUCGAAUAAAUACCAGUGUGUUGCUUCGAUUUUCCAGUUGCAUUGUAAGAUACUGUUUUGCAUUUGUUACAAAACAGCGAAGUGGAUGGCUGAAUGUUUUUUCCGUCACCAUGCAUGCAGGCUGCUGGCGCAUACAAGAAAAACAGGUGUAACCACAUUUGCAUGCUGUUGAUCAGACAUAAAGCAGCUGUGCAGAGCAUACACGGCUUCAGUUUCUUCUUGGUUUUACAAGAGACUUUUAUUUUCCACUGUGUUCCUUUGUGGACGAUGACCAUCCAGAAUUUCUCAAUUGAAUAUGAUGCCAUCAACAGCCAAAACACCUUCACAAAUGGAGAUACCAUCAAUGGAAGAAUCAUUUUGGAGGUUUCCAAAGAAACUAAAAUCCAAUCGCUCAUGUUUAUAGCAAAAGGAAAAGCUAAUGUUAUCUGGCAUGAACAUUAUGGGCAACAUCAACACCGUGUUUUCUGGUCUGAUGAGAAAUACUAUGAAAUCCAACAUCAUAUCUUGAGAGAAGCAAGACAAGAUGGUACUGAAGUUGUUGGGAAAGGAAGACACAUAUUUCCCUUUUCCUUCAAGAUUCCUGAGAGAAAAAUCCCAUCAUCUUUCAAAGACUGCACAGGCAAAAUCGUUCAUAAAGUGGGGGCAGAGCUUAAACAAUCAAUGAAGCUGACAAAAAAAGCCAAAGCCCACUUCACAUUUGUCUCCAAAGCAGACAUGGAUAUUCCAGACCUUAUGGAACCUCAGUAUGGCUGCAAGGAUAAAUCGCUCAAAGUCUUUGGCUCUGGAAAUGUUUCGAUGAAUGUUCACACCAAGCGGAUGGGAUACAUGCAAGGGGAGCCGGUCACCGUCACGGUCGAAAUCACGAACCGCUCGAGUCGCGGGGUGAAGCCCAAGUUUAUACUGUACGAGAAAAGGAGUUUCUUUGCCCAGGGUCGCAGGAGAGUUCACACAAAAGAGAUUCUUAAGGAGAAGAUUGAGGAUGUUGCAAAGUCUGAAUCUGAAGAGUCUGUGACCAAGGUGAUCCCCAUCCCUAAAAGACUACCCCCCUCCAUCCUGAACUGCUCCAUCAUCAAGCUUGAGUACAGGCUGAAGAUCUACCUGGAUAUCAAAUGUGCGAAAGACCCAGUGAUCAAACUCCCCAUCGUUGUCCUGCCUGAGGUGCCUGCAGUAAAAAAUUCUCCUGCUCCUGCUGAAUUUGGAUUUGAAGCACUUGGGAAACCGAACCAACCGACCUGGAGCUCCACACCACAACAAGCAGCACACCAACCUCUUGACCCCCCACCUCCAUAUGGAGUAUAUGCAAUGCCCCAGAACACCAAUACUCAUCUGGACAAAGCACUGCCUUCUAAAUACCUGCCCUAAAAGAGUCACCAGUUUGGCUUUGCACACCUAGAACAUGUUUUGACUUGUGAUGGACGGUUGAAAAAAAAAAAAAGGAGCAAAACGGAUGUUAAGCUGAGAUGUCACCUUUCCUCUUCUUUGUCAUAAUGUGUUUUCUGUAUUGCCAACAGUGGAGUGUUAUUUAGCACGUAAACACACAACGAUGAGUUAAAUCAGCGGAAUGUUACAAGAACUACAUCACAGCUGCAUCCUGGCAGUUAGAAAUACAAGGCUUACUUUAAACACUUUGGAUGCAAACUUUUGUAUAAGUAUUGUUGAAUUCAACAUCCUGGAUAUAAACAUAUAAAGUAGAUUGUAGAAAUCUAUUUGCCGUAAUAGAUUUCUACAAUCUAUUGUACAAAAGACCUUUGUCUUACCCCCAAGAACGUGUCUCACGAAGAGUUCAUUGGGUCUACGCUUGCCUAUUUUAUGCACUGUAAAAACUGGGAUUGGGGUUGAUUCAUUUGUAUGAAAUAAAUAUAUAUAGAAAUGAA